AUGACUAAGAUUGCCGCAAUAGUACUUUCAUCGCUGUCCAUCUUUUUGGGCAUGUUUUUCUUUUUUAUCGGUUACAUCAAGCUGUCGCCUUCACUGAAUCGGGACAUUCAUCGAGAGAUUCGUCGAAGCUUUGUCAGAUAUGCCAAAGUUGUGCCCCUGUUUAAGCAGAUGGGCUGGAAAGUCAGUCCCGGUAUUUACCGCAAAGUUAUCGGUUUCACUGAAAUUAUUGCCGGCUUGUUAUUGGCUUUUAUGCCUGACGUUUACAAAUUUUAUGUCAGCCUUUUCCUAAUGUGCAUCACUUUGGGCGCUGUGUACACUCAUAUUAUGGUGGACGAUGACAUUGGAA